CGUGCCUAAAUACUUGACUUGGUUUCACGGCGGAAAAAAAAUUAAAUGGCCUCAACAGUACAGUAUUACAUUGCCAACAUAUUUCAAAAUGCUUGUGUAUGGAUAUUUUUAAUGAAGCAAGUAAGUGAAUUCGUGAAAGCGAAGAGGAUUAAUCUAAAUACUACCCUAUCCCAGAUCUCAUGAGGCACGGACUUUUGAUAUUUAUCAAGUAAAUUUUUAAGCUAUCCGAGUCAAACACUACUUAUUAAAGUGUGUCCUAUGAAAUCAAUCGAUUUAUCUAACAGAUGCUUGGCUCUACGGAAGGUGCGUGUCCGGUACCUUCACCGCGCUCCAGUGGUCGUCUGCUGCGCGGCAGUUCCUCUUUUGGUUUUGGAUGCUGAGGGAGGAAGGUCAUGACGCACGCGCGUUGUUUAUUUUCAUGCAUCUUUUUCAUCCUGUCAGACUGAGGAAAUGAGAAAAACAUUUACAAUGUAGGGCAGGUUAUCCUGGGAUUUUUACAUUAAUUCAAGUACAAAUAAUUUUCAUUGUGAUGGAUUUUCAAGUUCUUCAAACCAAUUCCUGAGCAUGUUACUUGUUGGAUUAUUAUUUUUCACGUUUAUUGUGAAUCCAGUUACAACUGAAAACUCUGACUUAGAGGCUUUACAAAGAGAAUGCAAAGAUGGGACGUUUGGAUACCGAUGUUUGUUCACCUGUCGUUGCUAUAGAAACCGCGUGUGUGACAAGAAGACAGGAAGAUGCCCGCGUGAUGAAUGUGCCAACGGCUUCUGGGGACAAGGCUGCCAGUUAGAUAACAACUGUUUUUACAAUGGUCGUGCGCGGAGUUACAUGGGAACUAAAUCAGUCACGGACAGCUUGUUUACAUGUCAGCGAUGGGACACUCAGGAUCCCCAUAGACACUCAUAUAACGGACAGGACUUUCCGGACCGGAGGCUUCCGGAUAGCUUCUGCAGGACAACAAAAGACGCCGCCAGACCCUGGUGUUACACAACAGACAAAAACAAGAGAUGGGAGCACUGCAAUAUAAACAACUGUAACUGUCCAACAUGGCGGUUUGGACCAAACUGUGAGCAGGAGUGUCACUGCGCAGACAUCAGUGAAGCAUGUGACAGUAUCCUUGGUAUUUGCUCCAGCGGCUGCGCACAAGGCUGGGAAGGUUAUAACUGUCAAACUCCUACAGCAUGCCCGACUAACAAGUAUGGCUGGGAUUGCACCAAAACCUGCUUCUGCAAAAACCCAUUUCACUGCAAUCGCUACACGGGACCAACAGACAAUUGUGAAUGCAAGGAUGGGUACUUCAAUCCCCCCUUCUGCCAAGCAGUUACGCCCCCUGAAAUCCUGUACUUUAACAACGACAAAGUCAAUCCCGGGCAGCCAGCCAUUUUUAACUGUACCGUCACAGCUUUCCCAACCCCGAAACCAAAUGAGAUCACACUAGAGGGUUUCUCCCCCGACCGGAAGUUGGAACAGCUGCAGUCCAAGGAGUUGAACCCCUACCUCUACACUCGGUUCAACGUGUGGAAAGUGGAUAGCGUGAAAGAAGAGGAAACUGUUACCUGUACGGUGUCUGGACAGGCUGGGACCAAAUCUCAGACCAUAAAGGCCAAUGUUUACCAAUUACCAGUAUUAUCUUUACCCCCGAACAUUGCGAAGGAGGGUCCCGGUGUUCGGGAUGUCGCUAUAACGUGGCUCCCAUGGAGUAAAGUUAACGGGGAUGUAGGGGAACCACCUAUCAUGUGGUACAGUAUCUGGCUCCAAACACUGGGCCUCGGCCGGGAGGAGAAAGUAGGUAUAGUCACCCAUUUCAACUGCGGCAAAGAAUGCAACUUCACCAUAGACGAACUGAAACCAAAUACAGAAUACGCAGUGAGAAUCUCCACCCGCAGGGACGGAGAGGGAGGGGAGGGGACCCCAGGGCCUUUCAAAAAGUUUAGGACGCUUUGUGCAGCCCCCAGCCAGCCCCCGCUGAUAGAAUCGGUAACCAGCUCCUUUGAAUACAAUUCAUCAUUCCCAGAAACACAAUUAAUACUCAUGUGGAGGGUACGUCAUCCGCUCAACUUGAAAGAAGCAAUAUCAGACCCACCGCUGGAGACUUGGAAUUGUAAUAACAUUAGCGUCUACCUCAUUCAUCUGAACAGCAAGUCUGCAGACUACGGUCAGAAGAACGCUAUCUUUGUAUCUGGCGACACCCCGGGAAAUUUCAAAAAUGUUAAAAGUGCUGUGAUUCCGGACCUUAUCCCCGCUACUGAGUACUGUGUUACUAUGAGCUUUACUAACGGACAGGAGAUGCAUAGCCCUAAAUCUGAGGAGAAAUGCCUUGUUACAGUACAAACAACACCUGCCGCCCCUCGACAUCUGAAGUUACUAGACCGAACCAGCUCUUCCCUGACAGUCACGUGGGAGGCUCCGAUAAGGAGCUCUAGUGGGAUCAAUGCCUACAUGAUGAUCUUGUGGAAGGGGUACUGGAAGGAAAUGGCCCAGACCACGGGGAUUGAGAUCCGCCCCACCUCCAGUUUGAUGGAGCAUACGAUCGAAGAACUGGAUUCUAACACACAGUACAACAUACAGAUCAUGGCUGUUAAUUCUGCCGGACAAGGCGAUCCCACGCCAGUUCUUUCCGCAUCUACUUUAGAGGGAGUUCCCUCUGAAGUAACUGCCUUCAAAAAUGAAUCCCGAACCGAUAACUCGAUAUCUUUGGUAUGGAAGGAACCGGGGCUUAGUAAUGGAAAUAUUCAAUCCUAUCUGGUUUCGUGUAAAUCAGAAAAUUCACAGCACAAGAAUAGAGUAGUUCCAAGCAAAGUCACCCGCGUGACUAUUGGUGGCCUAAGGAGUGGUACGAUGCAUACCUGUAGUAUCAGCGCCUCUACCAGCCAGGGGUCUGGUCCCACCAAAUCCAUCAAAGUGUGGACUAAGAACAUUGACCCCAUCCAACCACCAGCUCCUGUUAUCUUGGAACGCUCAUCCACCACAAUGACUUUAUCUCUACAACCUCUAGAGGAUGAAAACAUAAGUUUUUACCGAAUCAUAGUGGAGGAAACGUCUUUCGCAUCAUCUUAUCGAGUUUCAAAACGAGGCAUUGAAGAUGGCAUUCGUGACGUCAGAUUAGAUUUUAAAGGUGCCAAAGAACGUGAUGUCAGAGCGUAUAUUGCUGCCCAACUACCACGUGACCAUUCCUAUCAAGUCUUUGUAGUUGGCGACAACAGUACAUAUGAGGGAUAUUAUAACGCACCACUGGAACCACGGCGCGAAUAUUCCAUCUGGUAUGGAGCCUACACAAUAUUGGAUGGGUUAGAAAAGAAGUCCUUCUCACAAGCCUUAAGUGAAGAAGCACGAAGAGUAACAACAGCUCCCGAGAACAACCAUGCCCCAGUCAUCGUCGCUGUCAUUGUUGUUUUCAUCUUGCUUAUCCUUGUCUUCGCACUGUUUCUCUUCUUGUGGAGGAAACGCCAUAUUGCCUCAGAGAGAGAGAAAGCGGAGAUGCCAAAUUUUGGUCCCACUAUCAUUCCAGAACCGGACACUUCAACUCCGUCCACUCCUGUUGAAUUAGCACAAUGGUACAGAAAUGAUAUCGAGAUAGAACCAUUAAUUGAGCCCAGUUCCGGUACGGAUGGGGACUCAGAACCAGUUUAUGGCAAUAUAGGUCUCUGUACGAUAGUUCCGGUCAAGGUCGAAGAUCUCUGGGAUUAUGUCAAGGCCAAUAAGAUAAACGAAGCAGAAGGCUUAAAACGAGAGUACAGGCUUAUUCCUGUUGGUUUGACGGCAAGCUGCGAAAUUGCAAAGAAAUCCGAAAACAAGGACAAGAAUCGCUAUGGAAAUAUCAUUGCCUAUGAUCAUAGUCGUGUUGUUCUGAAGCCGAUGAAUGGAGAUGUUCAUGACGAUUACACAAAUGCUAACUAUAUCGAGGGCUACAAAAGGUCAAAAGCUUACAUUGCUGCACAGGGGCCAACAAAAUCCACGAUGAACGAUAUCUGGAGAAUAGUUUGGGAAGAAAAAUCUAAAACAGUCAUUAUGUUAACCAACCCGACGGAAACGGGAAAGAAAAAAUGUGAGCAAUACUGGCCAGAGGCUAGCGACACAAAGGAAUACGCGGGUAUCAAGGUCAAACUCGUCUCAGUUGAGAGUCAUCCAGACUUCUCAAUUAGAACAUUCCAUAUACAAAGGGAUGGUGAGAAUCGAACCAUUAAACAAUUUCACUACACCACGUGGCCAGAUCACGGAGUUCCCAAAUUUGGACACUCCCUUUUAUUGAUGAGACAAAAGAUCCGCGUCUACGACCCCCUGAAUAAUGGACCACCCAUUGUACACUGCAGUGCUGGUGUGGGACGAACAGGGACCUAUAUCGCUGUGGAUGUGAACCUGGAACAGGCCAAACACGAGGGGAUUAUAGAUGUGCAUAACUUUGUCCAGCUGAUGCGGACCCAGCGGGUCAAUAUGGUGCAGACAUUGGAACAAUACAUCUUCGUCUAUGACGUUCUGCUGGAAGCCUUGAUAUGUGGGGAUACCACCAUCCCCGUGGUCGCUUAUCCUGAGGCCUUGUCAGAAAUGUUGGAAUACGAUCAAAGCAUCGGCAAAUCCAAACUAGAGGAGCAAUUUGAGGUGUUAAAUCUGAUAUCAUCUACAAUGGAAAAAGAAGACACAUCUGCUGCCUUAAAACCAGAGAACAUAUUCAAAAAUAGGGACAAAAAUGUUGUGCCAGCCAACAGAUGUCGUCCCUACCUAGUUACACCCGUGGAGGAUUACAAUAAUUACAUUAACGCUGUCUUCCUCAACGGUUAUCACAGGAAGGAUGCCUUCAUUGUUACUCAGAUGCCUUUGCCGAAUACUGCGGUGGAUUUCUGGAGAAUGAUUUAUGAUCAGAAUUCCUACUGCAUCGUCAUGUUGAAUGAAAUUGAGGAGACUGAUGAAAUGUGUCAGCAGUACUGGACUCUGGAAACUUGUGGUGAAAAGUUUGGACCUUUCAUAGUGGAAACCACAGCAGAAAUCAAAUCUGAUCCCAGUAUUACUGUGAGGGACUUCACCAUUACGAAUACCCUAAAUCCACAGGAAGUUCCUCGCGUGAUUCGUCAGUUCCAUUUCCACCGAUGGCAAGACGGUUCGCCGGUCCCUAACACCAAAGCCUCGCUGCUAGACCUGCUGGAGAAUGUGGACACAUGGCAAAACCAGUUCAAAAACACCCCAGUUACCGUCCAUUGCAUGGAUGGAGUGGAGAGGAGUGGAGUGUUCGUGGCGGCAAGUUGUCUUGUGGAGCGGAUCAAACUAGACAGAGAGGUGGAUGUAUUCCAGUCUGUGAAACAGAUGCGACUAAAUCGAUCUCAACUUAUUUGUAAUAUGGAACAAUACCGAUUUUGUCACGAGUUGGCUCUGGAAUAUCUGCAGGCAUCAUCCACAUCAUGACAUCAUUUAUGACAUAAUUCAAGGAGAAAUCCAUGCUGUGUCAAAGUUGUGAAGUGGUGCUAGUGACGUCAUCACCAGGACACUGGAAGAUUUUCGAGUCGCUUUCAGAAAUCGUUAUGGUGCUAGUAUCAUGUAAAAGACUACAUAUUUUGAAUCCUAUUUUUCUAAGAUUCUUAUAAAGUGGUGAGUACUGCAUCAUAGAUAAAUGAAGUUUUACGGUUCCCCUUUGUCUUGUAAUUUAGGGAAAUGAUGAAUUUUGGGGGAUCGUGGAUUUGUGUAUGCACUAUCGUCUAAAUAGAGGAGAGAAUGUUUGCGGUUCAUCAUUGCAUCAAUGUCUGCUGUAUUUUACUCAGAGCUUUGUAUCAUCAUACAAUAUCUGUGAUAUAAUAUAACAAAAGUGUAUUUUAACUCAUAAAAUCUAGUCGAAAAAAUGUGCAAUAUAUUACCAUGAUAUUAGAGAAAACCUGUUGUAAAGCAGGUAAUAUGUAUGAAAUAGUAUUUAUUUCCUUACAUUUCAUACUGUCAGCAUUAUCAUACGUCAAUUUCUAUAUCCUUUUCACAUUUUAUGGAAUAAGUAUGGAGGUGUAUAUUAAUAACUAUUUUGAUUUAUCAUACAAUUAUUCUAAUCACGUGUGGUAAUACUAAUCGUAAAAACUGACAUUUUACAGAUAAAUAGUCAGUUAUUUCCAGGUUUGCUUAUUUCAAAGAAAACCAAACAUGACAAAUUUCAGUGUUGUGAAUAAAUGAAGACUGUUGAAUAUAUCGUUGAGCUUUCAGUUAUUGCGUAUAAUAUUGUAACACUGUACAAAUACAAAUAAAAAUAUUAUAUAAUACA